UAAUUUUCCAUAUUGGUCUUAUUGAGCAUUAUGGCUGAUUCUGGGUUCCCAUUACCACCAGAGGCUUUCUGUCCUCUGUGUGCGGACACAGUGAGAGAUCCAGUCACUAUCCCCUGUGGUGACACUUACUGCCUGGAGUGCAUCAAGAUUUACUGGGAUCAGUUCGACCACAUGGGUGUGUACAGCUGCCCACAGUGCCGUGCAACAUUCACACCUCGGCCUGUCCUGAAGCGAAACCUGCCUGAUGUAUACCAUGAGCCACGGCGAGAGCUUCCAGAGCUUACUCCUUUCCCCUACUUGAAUCGCGAAGUCUACUGUGAUUUCUGCGUUGGCCGUCGCAACAAGGCCGUCAAGUCUUGUCUGAUGUGCUUGGCUUACUACUGUGAAACACACGUCAAGCCUCAUUAUGAGUCAUCUACCUUCAAGCGGCACAAACUCGUAGAUGAGAUGGGUCAUCUGGACAGGAAGAUUUGCCCACAACACGAGAAAGGUUUGGAGCUUUUCUGCCGCACUGACCAGAUGUGUAUUUGUGUGCUGUGUACUGUCAGAGAGCACCGCAGCCACAACAUUACCUCGGCAGAAGAUGAACGCAUUGAGAAACAAAAAGUCCUGGUUGUCACCCAAACUGAAGUCCAGCGCAUCAUUCAGGAGAGGAUGAAGGAGCUCCAGGAACUUAAGCAUAAUAUUGAUGUUCUAAAAAGUGAAGCCCAGCGAGCACAGGCAGAAAGUGACAAGACCUUCCAUGAAAUGCUGCAGGCAGUGGAACGCUGGAAGUCUGAAAUCAAUCAGAUGAUAAUGGCCAACAUGCAGUCAGCAAUGUCACAGGCUGAGGGCUAUGUGGAUCGUCUGGAGCAGGAGAUAAUGGAGCUACAACGUCGAGAUGCAGAAUUACAGCAGAUCCUCGAGACGGAGGACAACAUUCACUUCCUGCAGAGUUUCCCAACCCUGUGUGUUGCUCCUGAGGCCAUGGUCCCCAAAGUGCUAAUUAACCCUCAGUUCUCCUUUGGAGAGAUGAGCAAAACAGCCAGUGACAUGAAAGAAAAUCUGGAUGACAUCUGUAAAAAGGAAAUGGGCAAACUCUCCAAGACAGUGAGUGAAACUCCUGUGUACAUACUGUUGCCAAGAAAUGGAAGCAAACGACUCAAAGUUCCUUUGAAUGUAGAUUUUCAGGAGCCAAAAAACAGAACAGACUUCCUGAGAUAUGCCUGCAAGCUGUCCUUUGAUCCUAACACAGUUUAUAAAGAGCUGGUUUUGACAGAUGGGAAUCAGAAGGUCACUCGGAAGAAAACAACCCAGUUUUACCCAGAUCAUCCAGAGCGCUUUGAUGGCUUCUCCCAAGUUCUGUGCAAGGAGCCUCUCACUGGUUUCAGGUUUUACUGGGAAGCUGAAUGGAGUGGAGAAUUUUCCAUAGGGGUCGCUUAUAGGAGCAUCAGCCGUAAAGGGAAGAAUUCGCACAGCCUGCUUGGCUACAAUGACAAGUCUUGGAGUCUCCUUUGCUCAGACUCUGGUUACUCUGCCUGGCACAACAAAGUAGACAGAGACCUUCCUGGUGCUCCCAGGGCAACACGUAUUGGUGUGUACCUAGAUUAUGCUGGAAACACAGUGGCCUUUUACUCAGUGUCAGACACUAUGACACCUAUCCACAGAUUCAAAGCUCAGUUUACCGAGCCUUUGUAUGCUGGCUUUGGUGUAGGUUCCUCAGUUACCCUCUGCCAACUAAAACAGCCUUACUAAUUAAAAAGCGCACAAAUUACCCAUUACCAGUGAAGAAUUUACACCGAUACAAUGUGUAAAUAAUAAUGACAUACAUUGCAAAAUACAAUAUACUAUCAGUUCUACAUGUUUUUUGCUUGUUUGUUUUUUUCUAAUAUCUUCUUAUAAUAAUCUAUUAUCCUCUCAUGGAAUUUCAACUGGACACUCUGUUUUCCAGUAAAUCUAACCAGUUUAACCGGUUAAUCUAACAUCAAAGGAUGCUAACAACUGAAGUACCACUUUAGAAACGAAUGAAGUAUUUGUUUUCAUUUUGAACAAUAUGCAAGUCAUUUGUAAAUUUCCUUAGAUAACAUUAAUUACAUAAAUAAUAAUGUUUUGAGAGAAAAUUAAUUAAUAUGUUGCAUGAUACAAUCUCUUGCAACAGUUUAUUCAUGGGGUCCAAAGGGACCUCAUUCAGUAAACAUGGUGAAUGGAAUAGAAGUUAUCAAAAAGCCUAUUUCUUUUUCCUCUUUUCUCUCUGUUAGUCUCUUUGGCUUUUUCUGGUAAAGCAUCUGAGUGAGAGGAGAACAUUAUCAACGGGGGAAAAAAAGAAAGCUAAACUUUCUCAGUUAAUAAUAAUGAUUACCUUUAUUGUUCACUGUAUAAUUUUUUUAAGCGAUUACCUUUAACUUCCAAUGUGGGUCAUAGGACAGGCAUUCCAUUUGCUUAGAUGAUUUGCAUGACAAAUUACCCAAAGGUACAACACUGCUUUGAAAGUUUCCCACAAAACAGACAUGAAGCACGGCCAUAUCCCCAUAUGCAAACUUUCAAGCAUUAGAGGCAAUCAAUGAUCACACUACUCUAGAAGUGUUAUCAAAUGCUACACUGUGCACAUUUAGUCUAAUAAUAUUUGUGGUCUUAUUACAGAUUUAACUGCUGUAGUAACUGCAGACAGCAGCUGGGGUUGCAGUAUUGUAUGCAUAGCAUGUUUAUUGUGUGCUGCAAUUUAAAACAUUACAAAAAAGUCCAUUAUACCAUAUUGGAGCCCAAAAUUACAUAAUUCGGAAAAAAAUACAUUUCAGUUUGUUGCAAAUACUGCUGUGAAUAAAUGUAGGCUACUGAAGAGAUACACGGGACAUCAGCUGUUGAUGAGCUUUAUUUAAGUCAAAGGUAAAGUCAAAGACAAAAGCACACAGACUGCAACAUCCCCAAUCAAAUAUAGCGUGACCUGAAAAGGUUACGAUGCAUGCCCAGCCUGCAUGGGUGGGUAUAGCUGAGGCUAAAAGAACUCCAGUGGACACCAUCUGAUUCUGCCCUUGCAACAAAUCCUGGGUCAGGAUGGAGUGGUAGUGGGUUUCUACAAGACAUGCCAAAUUAAAUUAGAUAGUCUGAAUGCAUACAAUGCAGUCAACAACAUCCUGGGUCUUCCUUUAAAUGUAUAUGUUAUUUGGCAGAUAUCAAAUGAGACAGAGGCACUGUGACACCUUGUUCUUUUCACUCAAUCUGACUAUAUCUGAGAUCAUUUUCUCUUUAUUCCUUUAUUCUACAUUGUUUAUGUAAAACUGACUGCUAUGCUGAUUCAAAGCAUUCACUUUUUCCACUGGUCUUCUGCCUUCAUCUAUACUGAGUCUUAUGUUAACAUUGUCCACCUUGUUAUGUUGCUUGUACAGAGUAGUGCGUUGUUGUUUGCUUGGCUGAUUACCUCUGUUUCUUGCAUGUACUCUAUGUACACAUAUUCAAACCCUUUGUAUGUUUAUGGGUUUUUUUCUUUCAAAAUGUGCUAUUGUUCUUUGUAAUGCUAUUCUGCAGCCUCACAGCUGUCAGGGCUCUGAAACAUCUUGGGGCCAGGUGAAAGCACUUCAGGAAGGAAGAACAAUAAUACACUGAAGAGAUGAAUGAUGAAAAUCAUGCUGAUUAUUAUGAUUUCCAUGGCCAUUAAUUUAUUUUUAUAUGGUGCUCCUUUCCCAUUGCAUUGUUUCAUUGCUGAUUUUCCUAGUGCCUUUAACAUUUGCAUACGCUUAUUUUUAAUAACUGGGUUUCUACAGCUCCUUCUCUACAUUUGCAGGAAAGGAAAAUUCUUCUGUUUUAGGAGCUUUCAUUAUUUUUAACAACAUAAAUUCAUAUAGAUCAUACACAUGACUGUGAAUGCUCUGAAUAUUUAUGUAUAAUAUAAACUGUUCGGUUUUUGUUGUUGUUGUAUUUUGGCAGCUUUUUUAAAAAUAAAAUUACUGUAAAAUCUGCAAUGAUUCAAAAAAGGUAAGAGCAGGAGUGAAAUAAAAAGGAAUAUACUUGUACUUUGUCGCACACAGUUGUGACAUGGAGUUAGUUUAUAAUGGUUAUUCACAUGGUACUCCAUUGUAUUUUCA